ACCGUGCACGCGCUCUCGGCACCUGCUUUUCAGUAGAAGGGUGUCAUUAUUUGGCAGGGAGCGGCACCAGAGACACGAGCAGAGUGAGAGAGAGAGAGAGAGAGAGCAUUUCCUCCCGGAGAACGACAACGGCGUGGAUUCGUUUUCUUUCCAGAGCAGCAGCUUACCGGAGGAGGAGGAUUUUAUUCUCGGGUUCCGGCGCUCGGUGUGUUGCUUUUCCCAGGAGGCGUGUUUAUUUUUUUUAUUAUUUAUUUCUUUCUGUCUUCUGUCUAUUUCUAACGGAAUAACCGCGCUCUCAUCUCGGAAGUAAUCAUGACAAGCGCUACAUCCCCCAUCCUGCUGAAAUGGGACCCGAAGAGUCUGGAGAUCCGCACCCUGACUGUGGAGAGGCUGCUGGAGCCGCUGGUCACACAGGUGACCACGCUGGUGAACACCAGUAACAAAGGACCGUCCAGUAAGAAGAAGGGCCGCUCUAAGAAGGCCCACGUCCUGGCCUUGUCUGUAGAGCAGGCCACGCAGAACUUUCUGGAAAAGGGCGAGCAGAUCGCUAAGGACAGCCAGGACCUGACGGAGGAGCUGAUCACCGCUGUGGAGGAAGUCCGGAAACAAGGUGACAGUAUGCGUGUGGCCUCCUCAGAGUUUGCUGAUGAUCCGUGUUCGUCUGUGAAGAGAGGAACAAUGGUCCGAGCCGCUCGCGCUCUCCUCUCCGCCGUCACUCGCCUCCUCAUCCUCGCCGACAUGGCCGACGUCAUGAGACUCCUCGCUCACCUCAAAAUCGUGGAGGAGGCUCUCGAGGCAGUGAAGAACGCUACUAACGAGCAGGACCUUGCUAACCGCUUUAAGGAGUUUGGGAAGGAAAUGGUGAAGCUGAACUACGUCGCUGCUCGCAGACAGCAGGAGCUGAAGGACCCUCAGUGUCGGGAUGAGAUGGCGGCGGCUCGCGGGGCUCUGAAGAAAAAUGCCACCAUGCUGUACACGGCGUCUCAGGCCUUCCUGCGGCACCCGGAUGUGGCGGCCACCCGCGCUAACCGAGACUACGUCUUCAAACAGGUGCAGGAGGCCAUCGGGGGAAUCUCCAGCGCCGCCCAGGCCACGUCCCCCACCGAGGAGAAACACGGACACGCCGGCAUCGGGGAGCUCGCCGCCGCCCUCAACGAGUUCGACAAUAAAAUCAUCCUGGACCCUCUGACGUUCAGCGAGGCUCGUUUCCGACCUUCUCUGGAGGAGCGUCUGGAGAGCAUCAUCAGCGGCGCCGCCCUCAUGGCCGACUCGUCUUGCACGCGCGACGACCGGCGCGAACGCAUCGUAGCCGAGUGCAAUGCCGUGCGUCAGGCGCUACAAGACCUGCUGAGCGAGUACAUGAACAACACGGGAAGGAAAGAGAGAGGUGACCCGCUGAACUCUGCCAUCGACAAGAUGACUAAGAAGACCAGGGACCUGCGCAGACAGCUGAGGAAGGCCGUGAUGGACCAUAUCUCCGAUUCCUUCCUGGAGACCAACGUUCCUCUCCUGGUCCUCAUUGAAGCAGCCAAGACCGGCAAUGAAAAGGAGGUGAAGGAGUACGCUCAGGUCUUCCGCGAGCACGCUAACAAACUUGUCGAGGUGGCUAAUCUGGCAUGUUCCAUCUCAAACAACGAGGAAGGAGUGAAGCUGGUGCGCAUGGCCGCUACACAGAUCGACAGCUUGUGUCCUCAGGUGAUCAACGCUGCCCUGACGCUGGCGGCUCGUCCUCAGAGCAAAGUGGCUCAAGACAACAUGGACGUGUUUAAAGACCAGUGGGAGAAGCAGGUGCGCAUCCUGACUGAGGCUGUGGAUGACAUCACCUCUGUCGAUGACUUCCUGUCUGUCUCAGAGAACCAUAUCCUGGAGGAUGUGAACAAGUGUGUGAUAGCUCUGCAGGAGGGGGAUGUGGACACGCUGGACAGGACAGCGGGGGCGAUCAGAGGUCGUGCCGCUCGCGUGGUCCACAUCAUCAAUGCCGAGAUGGAGAACUACGAGCCGGGCGUGUACACCGAGAGAGUCCUGGAGUCCAUCAAGCUGCUGUCUGAAACCGUGAUGCCCCGCUUUGCAGAGCAGGUGGAGGUGGCCAUUGAGGCUCUGAGCACUAACCCUCCUCAGCCCUUCGAGGAGAACGAGUUCAUCGACGCCUCACGUCUGGUUUACGACGGCGUGCGUGACAUCAGGAAAGCUGUCCUCAUGAUACGGACACCUGAAGAGCUGGAGGAUGACUCUGACUUUGAGCAGGAAGACUAUGACACCCGGAGCCGCACCAGCGUCCAGACCGAAGAUGACCAGCUCAUCGCCGGCCAGAGUGCAAGGGCCAUCAUGGCUCAGCUCCCUCAGGAGGAAAAGGCGAAGAUCGCUGAGCAGGUGGAAAGCUUCCGGCAGGAGAAGAGCAAGCUGGAUGCUGAGGUGGCCAAGUGGGACGACAACGGCAACGAUAUCAUCGUGCUGGCCAAGCAGAUGUGCAUGAUCAUGAUGGAGAUGACAGAUUUCACCAGGGGAAAAGGCCCACUGAAGAACUCGUCUGACGUGAUCAAUGCUGCCAAGAAGAUCGCAGAGGCCGGAUCCAGAAUGGACAAACUGGCCCGAGCUGUGGCUGACCAGUGUCCUGAUUCAGCUUGUAAGCAGGACCUGCUGGCUUACCUGCAGAGAAUCGCCCUGUACUGCCACCAGCUCAACAUCUGCAGCAAAGUCAAAGCCGAAGUCCAGAACCUCGGAGGAGAGCUCAUCGUCUCAGGGCUGGACAGCGCUACUUCCCUCAUCCAGGCCGCCAAGAAUCUGAUGAACGCCGUGGUCCUGACAGUCAAGGCUUCGUACGUGGCUUCCACCAAGUACCAGAAGGUGUACGGAACAGCGGCAGUCAAUUCUCCCGUAGUGUCAUGGCGCAUGAAGGUGCCCGAGAAGAAGCCGCUCGUGAAGAGGGAGAAGCCUGAGGAGUGUCAGACCCGGGUGCGCCGAGGCUCGCAGAAGAAACACAUCUCACCGGUCCAAGCCCUCAGCGAGUUCAAGGCCAUGGACUCUUUUUAAUUCAACAGGUGGCAAGAAAAAAAGUUUCCGACCCCUCAAACUCUUCGAACGCCUCCUGACUUUUCCCAUCUUUCCCUCCUCUUUCUUUCCCGUCUCCUGUUUGCAGCUUAUCCCGUUCCACGUAGAGGCAAAGGUGUUGCCGUGGAUACAAUUUCUGGAGUGCUCUGUACCACAAAAGCAAGAUAUGUGGAAGAGAGGGGCAUGUGUUUACUCUUGGAGCUUCAGUGCCAUUCCUGUGGUGUUUAGUUACCGGUGUUAAUUACUGACUAGCCAUAUUUACACAGAUGUUGCUAUGGAGUCCUUUUGCUGACAUCCCUACUAAAAAAAAACAAACAAAAAAAAAACGCAACAUAUUAAGCAUGGGAAUGAGAUAACUAAGCAAAGAGAAUGAGAUAAGUGAGUUAUGGUCACCAAAAGGGAAUGAGAUAAUUACAUCAUGGUCACGACUUUGUAACUCAAGGAAACGAGAUCAUUAAGUUGUGGCCUCGUUCCCACAAGUCGCAAAGUUGUUGCCUUGACUUAAUUAUCUCGUUAUCUCAAGUUAUGGCUAUAACUUAAUUAUCAUGGCUAUAACUUAAUUAUCUUCUUCUCAAGUUAUGUUCUGAUUGUCACAACUUAAUUAUCUCAUUCCCUUAAGAUCAUGGCCAUGACUUCAUUUUCUUGUUCUCUGGAGUUACACUAGCAUGCCCCUGACUUCUAUAUCUAGUUUUCUCGCAUUAUAAAGUAACACCAAUGACUUAAUUAGCUCAUUAUAUCAUGUUACAAAUUCAUGGCCAUGACUUAAUUAUCUUAUUCUUGAGUUACCAAAUUGACUUGAUCUCAUUCAAUCAAAUUCUGUGGACAUCUCAUUCCCUUGAGAUCUGAAGUUGUGGCUACAACCUAAUUAGCUUGUUUUGUCAAGUUGUGGUCACACUUUUUUUUUUUUUUGAGGGAUGCCACACGAAAGAAAAUAGUAAUAUAUUGGUGCCGUAGGUGAAAGCUGAAGCCUCCUGAAGCUCCUAACCCUGACUGAACUUUGAAACUCAGUAUGGCUUGUAGUGUUAGAAAUAAGUUUAAAAAAAAAAAGAUAAUUAUUUGUCCUGAUGAUCGACGAUCCACAUAUUCCACAUGGUGACAUGACGUACAAGGUUUUGCCAUUUUAUUUAAUUAUUAUUGCAUCACUAACUAUUACAGCCUGGUUGGCCAUGGUGUUGAACAUGAUACUAGAAAUGGGCCGAGUCGACUAGUUGUGUGGUUUGUGCAGAGAAUAAGUAGAAUCCUGCAUAUCUUUAUAGUCACAGUUCUCUAAUAAACCUUGCAACUGUG